AUUCGAGCAUCGUCACGUCAACUUCGCUUGACGCUGGACUUCUCCUUGCUCGUUUCUCACAGUUCGCUUCUGUUCUCGCCGUCCGGAAGUACGCGAACUCAGUCCGGAGUUCUCCUCGGCCGAAGCAAAACCCUUAAGACCUAUUAAAGCUGAUUCGUAACAUUCAAUGGCGAAGAAGAGGAAAACCAUAGAACCCGAGCCCCAGCCACCUCCUCCGAAGGAAGUAUCCGAAGAAGAAGAAGAGGACGAGGAUGAAGACGAAGACGAAGAAGAGGGCGAGUCCGCCUCGGAAGAACAAGAAGACGAAGAAGAGUCGGAAUCGGAAUCCUCAGAAGACGAAGACGAGGCGUCGAAGCGAGAAACCAUUAAGCAACUCCUCGAACCAUUCACCAAGGACCAGCUCAUCACCGUCCUCUUAGAAGCCUCCGCUAACAACCCUUCUCUGGUCUCUCAGCUCGUCAAAUCGACUGAAUCGGACCCCGUUCACCGCAAAAUCUUCGUCCACGGCCUUGCCUGGGACGCCACGGACGAGACCCUGACCUCCGCGUUCAAGCCGUUCGGCCCAAUCGAAGAAUGCAAGGCCGUCACUGAUAAGGCCACCGACCGGUGCAAGGGUUACGGUUUCGUCCUCUUCAAGACCCGCGCUGCAACGCAAAAGGCCCUCAAGGAGCCGCAGAAGAAGAUCGGCAACCGCAUGGCCUCGUGCCAGCUCGCGGCCGCCGGUCCCCCAUCGGCCGCCCCAGUUUCGGCGAACGCGAGCUCACGGAAGAUGUACAUUGCAAACGUCGCGCCGCAGGUCAGCCCGGAGAAGCUGCGGGCCUUCUUCGCGAAGUUCGGGGAGAUUGAUGAUGGACCUUUGGGUAUGGAUAGAGUGACGGGUAAGUUUAGGGGUUUUGCUAUAAUUGUGUACAAGAGCCUAGAAGGUAUCAAUAAGGCGUUGCAAGAGCCUGUCAAGGAUUUUGAAGGCAUGAAAUUAGAGUGUUCUCCUUUCGUGGAAGGGCGAAAUUCCAAAACCGUCAAGAAGGCUGCACCGGCAGCAGCAGCCAUGGGGGGCGGUGCAGUUGGUAUUGGGGGUGCUUCAACGACCCUGAACAAUGUCGGAUUUCAGAAUUUUCCAGUUGGAUUAAAUCAGGGAUUAGUUGGUCAGAAUUAUCACCCAGCGGUGGCUCUUUUGGGGCAGAAUGCAGGUUUGGGUUUAUUGAAUCCUUUGUUGGGAUUUGGUGGGGGCUCCUUAAACCAGGUGGUCAUGAACCCGUCAUUCCCCGGUGCCAUUUCGGCGCCUUUGAACAGAAACUCGGGCGCUUCAAUGGGAUUGAAUGCUGGUUUUGGCGUGCAACAGGACAUUAAUACCAUAAGCCCGAGUGUGAUCAAUGCAUAUAAUUCUCAGGCUGCUUUGCCAGGGUUUGGUGCUUAUCAAAACUCCCUGUUGGGUCAGACAUCUGCUUCUGGGGUAUCAUCAGUAGGGAGAGGACAACCUGGUGCCGGAUCUGCUGGGUCGAAUUUAGGGCGCUAGUGGUCGAAAGGAUUUGUCGGUCAAUGGACCUUCGCAACUGCAAUGCUGUCUC